AUGACACGCCUGCCAGAGACCUCCAAAGCCAAAGACGACCGUCAGGACGGCGCCAAAGGCAGCACUUCCAAGCGCAACACCUUCCAGUUCACCUAUGACUCCGACAACGGGUUGUUGGAGCUCAUCUUCCAGCACAAGCACGAGCUCUUCACUCGUGGCAACACCAUCAAGACGUGGGAGACUGUCCUCAGCGAGUUCAACCUGCGGUUCGACUCCAACAUCGUCCAGACCCGCACCAUCAAUAACAGGUUCAAGGUGCUCCGCAAGAACUUGGAGAAGAAGUUGUUGAACGACCAGAGCCUCAUGAUGGAGAUCGGCUUGAACGAGAACGAAAACCUCUUGUUGGGCUUGAACGAGUACUUGAACGCCAAGAAGCUGUCAGGAACUCGCCUGGCCCCGCCCCAGCCGCAUGUGCAGCCCUCGGCGUACCUGGAUACCACCUCCGACCACUCGUCCACCACCAUCCCAGACCACAGCCACUUGUCGCCCAUGGCCAUGCCAGAAUCCAAGUCCCAACCGCAUAUCACCUCGCCCAUGGGCUUCAAACUGAACAAGACUUCGUCCAGGGUGCUGGAAAAGCCACCGUCCAAUUCUCCGAGACCACUCUCCACCCCCACAUCGUCCACAUUCCUGAAACCUACCUCCUCCUACAUGUUCUCCCACCUGGAGCACCCCAUGGAGGUCCAUUCAAUUGAUGACCCAUCCCACUCCAGUUUUCCGGCCCAAAUGAACCACCCUACUACAGCAAAUACUGCAAAUGCCGACUCCAAUCCCCAGCUGGGAUACACCCCAAACAGUCUGGUUCCGGCACCUCCCUCUGGCCGCUUAUACUACCCUGUGAACCAACCACCAAUGCAACAGCCCCAAACACUCCAGAGCUAUCCCGUCAAACAUCCGUCGGAUGUAAGCUACGAACGAGACGACACUCUGGACUACGAAGUUGACGAACUCUCUCGCAAAAGAAAGCGCACCUCUCCCUCGCUCCACACCAGAAGCAGAGCUGAUAUCUUGGACCGGAUUCUAGAGUCCCAAAACAGGCUCAACGACAAUCUCGAAAAAAUCAAUCGCGAAUUCCAACAAUUCAAGCAGGAUGUUGACUACAAGUUUCUGGGGCUCAAGGAGUUGCUUGCCCAGCACGCAGAUCGGGUCGAUUUGAAGUUGGACAGCUUUUACCGGGCAUUGCUAGCGCACACAGGCAAAUCUGCUGAGCACAACCAAUGA